AUGGAACCAGGUAUUCAACCCCUCCAAUGCGAUGAUUCGGCCGAUGCGUCUUUACCUACCUACAAGCAGGUCAUAACCGAUCAUCCUUCUGCUAAGAAUUCCGUCAGGUCUGCGAUUAAAAAGAAACCCCGAGCGGCUCAAAAGAAGAAAUCAAGAGCGAACAAGAAAGCGGCCAGCCCGGAGGUCAUCAGUGAUGAAGAAAAGGAGAACCCGGCUCAAAAGGUCAUGGUGUCGACCUCAUUCAAGCUUUUUGUCUUGGAUGUCGAUAAGUCCAAGAAAGCGAAAAAGGUGUGGCUUCUAAUCAGCCCACCAAAUCCAAUUGAACUUGAAAUCACAGCGAGUCCAUCGGAACUGGCGACGUCUUUUGAUGAGUUCAAAACUCUGGUCACCACCAACUGCGAGUCGGCGGUAAACAACACGGGUCGCAUUCUCACUGAAGGUUUAUUGACUGGGUCACCUGAGAUCAAUUGGUUUGUCUCCAUCGCUCGCGUUGAGGGCUUCAAGAAGGGGAAACCGUUCCCACUUACAAAUGCGGCGGCAUUCAACUCUUGGAUCGAGGCACUUGCCGAAGUGAAUGCUGACGAGUCCUGCUUAUCAAUUGAGAUGACCAACCCAAACAAGGUUGCCAAGCUCCAGCAUGAUGCUGAGGUCCUAGCGAAGGACGCGGCACGCAAGGAGGCCAAGUGGCUGAUCAUUGCGGCUAGGGAAAAGAGGGCACUGGAGGGUGAUACCAAUGUCGGAAAGCGCAAACGACUGGAUGAGGACUCUGAUGAGGAAGACGACGACUCUGGAAACGAGGUCGACUACGAAAAGGAUGCGGUCAAACUCAUCAUGAGACAGCUCUAUGCGACUCAUUCGGCUAAUGCGUUGUACGAUCAAAUGGGCUAG